AUGGCGGUGGCGGCACCUUCAGCUUCCCAGCAGGGGCUACACGAAGAAGCCCACCAAAAUAUUCUGAGCCCAGAAAUGGCUUCGAUCUUGGGUGAGUGCCUGACCGAGGUUCUGAAGGAGCUCCAGAACCAGGUGCCCCCGGAUGAGCAGGUGCAUAUCCUGGACGCUUUUAACAAGGCCUGGGCGAAAGAGAUAGCAAAGCUUCCCCGUUUGUGGCGUGUCUCUCUGAGGGGGCGCCUUCAGUCAUUCAGCUUUGCUGGACAGGACCAGUUCGUGGACAUCAGGGAUGCCGAGGUGCAGACACCUGAUUUCACCUACGCAGGGCUCCCUGUGCGAAUUCAAGGCAAGCUGAAAGAGGGCGGGGCACGCAGGAAGAAGCGCCGGGUCGUUGACAGUGAGGAGGACUAG